AUGGCGCCGAGGCGCCGCAGCCCCUCCCCGUUCGCUAGGGUUGAGGCCCUCCGCCGCCCGCCCUCCCUCCGCCUGCUCCUCAUCUCCGCCUCGCCGGCCGGCAGCGCAGCGCAGCCCCCGCUACCUCCUCCCCCGCUCUCCCGUCAGCAUGGUCCACGGCUCCCGGAUCUGAAGCAGCCGCACCGUGCUGCCGCCGCGCACAGCAAUAGGUCGCGGCUAGCUAGGCAUCAGCGGCACCGGUCACCGGCGGCAGCGUACAUCACCGCGCGCGUCAACGGACGCAGUGAAGACGAUGAGCCAAAUGGUCCACCUCCAGACUAUGCUCCAGAAUGGUGGGACGAUAUGCGCGACAGUGAUGAUGAAACUCUCAGGCUAACUAAUGAUCCAAACGACGAGGACUAUGACUUUUGAAACUUGUAAUAAUUCUAUGUACUAUGACCUUGUACCAAUGAGACGCGUGCGAUAGUGAUGAUGUACUUUUGGAUGAAAACCAAGUCUAUGUACUAUGAACUUGUACUCCUGAAUGUAAACUUUGUCGAGCUACCUACUUGAUGUACUUCUAGCUGUAAGACAACUCUAUGCACUAUGAACUUGUGCUUCUUGCCAAGUUCUCGCCCUAUGAUUUUGAACUUAUGCAUAUGAUUUUUUUA